UUACUCUGUGUUCUUUUCACGUCCGUAAAAUGUAAAACGGAAACUUUAUUAAUUUGCAUUUAAAGCGACACAGUCCACCCAAAAACAUAUUUCAAGUGCAAUUGUGCAGUAAAGCAAUACCCAUACCCAUGUUAACCGAAGCCCCCAUGGCCAGUGACAACAUAAUGGACGAAUUAGCAUCUUUGAUACGCACCGAAAUUCCCGAUGGUCGCCAGAGCCUGCGCGACAGCUACACGAAUCUGGAGCGUGUGGCCGACUACUGCGAGGACACCUACUAUCGCGCCGACAAUAAAAAGGCCGCCCUCGAGGCUACCAAGAACUACACCACCCAAUCCUUGGCCAGUGUCGCGUAUCAGAUCAACACGCUAGCCUAUAGCUACAUGCAGCUGCUGGACUUGCAGGCGCAGCAGCUCAGCGAAAUGGAGUCGCAGAUGAAUCACAUUGCUCAGACGGUGCAUAUACAUAAGGAGAAGGUGGCCAGGCGCGAGAUUGGCGUUCUGACGGCCAACAAGGUGAGCUCGCGCCAGUUCAAGAUAGUGGCGCCCAUUAAUCCUGAGAAGCCCAUCAAGUAUGUGCGCAAGCCCAUUGACUAUUCAAUUCUGGAUGAGAUUGGGCACGGCAUCAAUUCGUCAACCCAGCACGUUGUGAGACAGAAGCAUAGAGGCUCGAGUCAUGGCUCUGUGCAAUCUCUGGUGCCGUCAUCUGUUGGCCCACCGCCCACCACCAAGCCGCCGACGCCGCCGCAAAUGUCGCGUGCCGGCAAUACAGGCACUCUGGGCAAAUCGGCCAGUAAUACCGGCACGCUGGGCAAGAGCUCGCGGGAGUAUCGCACGCCGCCUGUGGUCAAUCCACCGCAGGUACCUUCGCACUAUGCGCCCAACUAUCCAAUCGGACAUCCCAAGCGCAUGUCCACGGCCUCGUCCACAACCACUACCACUGGCGGUGGUGCAGCGGGCAACGAGCGAGCUGCUGGCUACAGCGCGCUGCCCAUGCCACCCAGUCAGCAAAUUGCUACGCACGUGAAUCUGCCCUCGGCGGGCAUGAUGCAGUCGCUACCACCGCCGCCGCCCACCACUUAUGACGACCGGAGCAGCAUGCCACCGCCCCCUUCGCCGCUAACCGUCUCGCAGCACGAGAUGACCGAGCAGAGCCACAUUGGCAUGCAUACCCUGGGCCGCAAUAUCAACAGGAAUCCCAAUAGAAAUCAUUUCAGCUUGAACUUUGCGCGCCCUGGCUCCCAAUCGCCACCGUUGCCGCCACCACCGCCGCCGGAGGAUGAGCACCAGGACUUUGGGCGUCCACGCACUUCAACUGGGCCACAAUUAGCGCCUAUUGUGCCGGAGGAUCAGAAUUUGCCUGGUUGGGUGCCCAAAAACUACAUUGAGAAGGUGGUGGCUAUUUAUGAUUAUUACGCCGACAAGGAUGAUGAGCUGAGCUUCCAGGAGAGCUCGGUGCUCUAUGUACUGAAGAAGAACGAUGAUGGCUGGUGGGAGGGAGUUAUGGACGGUGUUACCGGUCUGUUUCCUGGCAAUUAUGUGGAGCCCUGUGUCUAAGCACUGCCAAUGGAAUUAACAAUAACAAUAAUAUGCAUUAUGACAAAGACGAUAACGAUUUCCGGAUAUUGAUAAUGAUAAUUAUGUAACUACAGCCACAGCGCAGCUCUAACAAGUAUUCCACUAGCAUAAACUGAAUGGCAACUAGCUGCAUAUAGUUAAAUAUGUAUAAGUUGUCAUCGCACACUCAUACACACUCACAAA